GUCGUCGCACAGCGAAGAGAGCUCGCAAAAUGUUGGACCUCUGAUGGCCUCCUCCGUUCAAUGUGUCAGUGGAUAGCGGUUCUGUCGGUUUGUUCGCUUCCUAGUUCCAGACCGGGUCCCGAGAGUGGUUUCGCGUUCCGUUUCGUUUUGGGAAGAUAGCUUUUUGUAUUGUUCGCGCGAAGACGACGGCCGGAUUAUUGUUCCCCCCGGGUGGUUCAAGAAGAAGCAAUUCACGAAGCAGCAGUGAGCGAACUGUCCAACAAGUUUUGUUGUUUGGGCUUACGGGAAGGCUGUCUGACCUCUCCGGUGGUUUUUGGUGACGGGAAUUAAAGUUGGAAGGGCUUUGACCAGGAUUUGGGGAAGAAUUUCUCCGAUGCGAUUCUGAAGCGGCUCAGCGGAAAGAAACGUGUCGUUCUCAGUUUGUAUAUAGUUUUGAUGUUGGAAUGAGAUUCAGCUAAGGCUGGUUGAUGCUUUGCAAAUAAGUGUAGAAAGUUGAUAAGAAAGUGUUGUAACCAAACCGCGAAUACACACUAAGAACGCAACGAACGCGUAAUUCGCAAAUGCCAAAUUUAAAAGGUUGUGCAAGUGUCUUUCAUUUCGUUCCUGCGAAGAAUAGACGGAGAAACGACCGACGGUCGUCGUCGUCGUCAUCGGGUUGCUUUGAUGAUCAUCUGUUGUGAAAAUGAGCGCAAAGGAGGAGUGCGAAAAUUUCCGAUUAGAUCAAAGCAGCCCUAGCCAGCGGCAGCGAAGAAAAAAGAACGAAAUUUUCAUGAAAAAUGGAUAGGUUCAAUGACACAAGAGUGAGAAGCAAACACACAAGCUCAGCGGUGAAAAGAAAGAAAAAAGCAUACAAAUAUAAAUACAUAUUGGUCUGAUAUACACUCUCAUAUUCUUGAAUGACUAGCGCGUACUAAACCCAAAACGACGACGACGACCGAAGAUAGAGCGAGAGUUUCGAGAAAAGAGCUGCAAGCGGCGAAGGAGUGUGUACGAGAGAGCGAGAGAGCAAACGACAAUCCCACACGGUGGCGAAGAACGAAGAAACGUGGGGCCGAGUCGGUCUAGAGGGGGGAGCGGGGUGUACACUAGUAGUAGCGUGAAUAGAGACGAUUCGUGACGGGGACGGGGGAGCUCCAACAAAAACAACAACCCUAGCGCUAUCGCGGAGUGUCCAAGCCGAGGGGCCCGCGAAGGCAGCGAAUGGGGAUACCCAAUCGGGGCCGCGCGUGUGUAUCUGUGUGGCGAACCGCGUGCACCGAUACAGCCGAAGCCGGCAACCAACCUCUGACAGCAGCAGACAGGCCGAAUUGCCGAAAAUUGACGCGAAAUCGUUUCCAGCAACUAUUCGGAUCGGAGUUAAUCUACCGGGAACGGAUUUUCUGCCGAGGAUUGGAUUUCAGAUGCAAAGUUCGGUAAUUUGUAGCUGAAGCUGCGUAAGGUCAGGCCUUCUUGGAUCCGCGGUGCGUUAUCGUUAUCGAAAUUAGUGUCGAAGAAAUAACAUAAUCGUAGUGAACCGUGCGUUUUGUGAUUGGGUGGUGGCGACAUCUGGCUACGGUGGCCCAAAGCUCCCCAUGUCGUCUCCUCGAAUCGUGUGUUUUGGCCGUCAGCAAAUCGUCUCUGUGCGCGCGUCUGUGUUUGCGUGUUUUGCAGAAUUUUUACAGGAAUUUUACGCACUCAUGCAGGCAUAUAAGCUUUAAAACCAAAGUGAAAAGUGCAUCCGACGACGACGAGAUCCAAUGAUCCCACUCUAGGAGAUGAUGAAGAUGUAAAACCAAACGAAUCCAAGUGCUCGUGAAUAUUUACCCAUGUGAUUAGAAGAAGCUGCACCCAAAGCUUCGUCCGGAAAGUGGUGUGCUGUGAGUGCACCUUAAAAACCAGAAGCCUUGUACGACCUGUGUGAUCCCCAGAGGGGUAUUUCGGUUUCAAACCUGACACGUGUCUGCCGUGGAGGCAGGAAACGUUGGACGCGGAACGAAAGUUUAUUUAUGCAAACCAAUACUGCCCAUGAAAGUAUAACUGUCCCAUAUGGAUUUCCGAACCAACACCUUUUUUCAUCGAAACAUUCAUGUUUUAACAUAUACUUUACGACGCAUAUACAAAUUUACACAUUUUGUUUGAAAAUGUUGUGGAAAAAUAUGAAGUUGGUGCAGUCCCAUAUUGAAAAAUAAAGGCAUAACAGUCUCUUUAUGAACUUCAAAUCCAAAUAGCAACUGAAAAACGUGAAUUGUGUUCGAGUUUAUAUUUUUUGCUGAUCAAUAGAAGCAAAAUUAGUUAUCUGUACGGUAAUGCCAAAUGAAUAUGACAUGCAGAAAUGUACUAGAAAAUUAUGAAAAUUUGUAUGAGAAGCCAAACUUCAAACUUUGGGCGCUAUUUUCUAAAUGCCUACUAAUUCAAUAUGGGACAGUUAUGCUUUUAUGGACAGAAUAUCAGUCAGAUUUAUAAAUAUUUAAUCACUACCUAUUUAAACAUACAAGAAAAACGACAACUGUAAUAAUUACUGUCCCGAAAAAAAUAAAUAAAACAAAUUGCUCGGUUCAGUGCAUGUGAUUGUGCAAACGGAAUAUCAACGUGCCCGAAACAACAACAAAAAAACACACAGGAAAACGAAACAUCAACGCAACAAAUCGAAGGGAAUGAAGUCCCGUGUUUAAUUAAAAUCGAAAUUUACAUAAAUUCACAGGAUUUACCGCACCAGUUAAUCGAAAAGGCAAACAAUAGGGACGACACUCCGCCUCUCGACUGUUUGCAUAGUUACGACGUGUGAGUGUAAGCUGAUUACGAAAAGGGGAAAGUGACUUGAACCCUCGACCCGUAUUUGCCAUCCACGGGAUCAUUCCUUGGGCAGGGUCGUGCUAGUUCAGUGAGGCUGUGAAAGGUGUUGAAGAUAAGCGGAAAGAUCCGUGCCAUAUCCGUCGUCGAGUGGAGCGGUUUGAGUCAUCGCGAAAGUUGUAAAGUGCCCCGGAAACGCUUCGGGGCGUCGCGUGUUUUCUGGAACCGUAUUUCACGUCUAGUCGACACUAUUCGACCACCGGGAACCAACAGACGGGCAGUUAAAAUGACUGUGGAAUGCAUUGAGGACUUGUAUCCUACCUAAUCCCAAAACUGUGCUGGAAGAUUGUGCGAGUGCAAGGCGCUCGAAAAGAAAGGGAAGUGACGAUUUUUAAAUAGGAUUUUCAAGGAAGUUAGUUGUGAGAGAAACUUAAACUUUGAGCGUGUGUGCGAGUGAUUGCGGGUAGAAAGAGGGCGUGUGUGCGAAACAUCCGAGCGAUCGACAAGUGAUGGAUAGCGAAUUCACCGAGUUCUUUAACCAGACCUGGAAUAGUAAAUUUCAAGGCAACCGAACGGUUCUCAACGGUAGCGAUGCAGGCGAUGCGACGGGAGGCGGUGGAGGGGGACCAACCGGAAGCGGUCUUGGUAUAUUUGGCGGAGCUUCCGCAGCAGCUAUGGCUGCUGCUCCGAAGCUUUCAUCGAGAUUAACUCAACCGCCUCAGCAUCAACAACAACAGCAGCAGCAGAACUCUCUAGCCAACUGUAACAACAACUCCUCCUCCGCCAGCGGAACGCAACACAAUAGCAGUUCCAUGCUUACCGACACCCGGCAUUUCCUCAACGAAAUCGCCAACAGUCACAAGAGCCUGCAGCAGCUCCAUCAGCAACAUAAUCAAAACAAUAGAAACCUAUUUACAACCACAAGCAUAGCAGCUGCCGCAACGACUGAAUUACGUGAUACAAAUCUAGGGCCUUUAAGAAAUACCAGUAGUAGCAGUAGCAGUAGUAAUACCAACACUAGUAGCAGUAACAAUAGUAAUAGUGUCAACAAUAGUCAUAGCUUUACUCGUGAUACCCGAGAGUUCCCGAAGCUCAGCCAUAGACUGAUGCAGCCGUUGAACGGCGAUGGCGGAACGUCCUCCGGUGGAGGCACCGCCGCUAGUGCCACUGCCACAACCAGCAACAACAGCAACCGCCUCCAAUCGUCCUCCUCUUCUGCCGGUGGUGGCACCUCAAUGAUGAACCAGCAGGACUUCCAGGCGUUCUGCUCCUCGCUGACGGCGGCGGCCGCUUCCGGUGAUCUGGCCGACAGUACCACUCCACCACCGCAGGCGGCGGGUGGCGUCGGAGGCGGAUCGUCCGGAUCGCUCAGCAGCAACAGUUUGCUGGCGGCCGCUGCAGCAGUGGCAGCCGCCGCAGCCGGCGGUGAUCUGGGGGCGGGUGAUCUGCUUGGCCUGGCCGGGGGACAUCCGCACGAGAAGAAGCCACCGAACUCGAUCCGAGCGCAAAUCGAAAUCAUCCCCUGCAAAGUGUGCGGCGACAAGUCGUCCGGCGUCCAUUACGGUGUGAUAACCUGCGAGGGAUGCAAGGGCUUCUUCCGGCGCUCGCAGAGCUCCGUCGUCAACUACCAGUGCCCCCGGAACAAGCAGUGCGUCGUCGACCGAGUCAACCGGAACCGGUGUCAGUACUGUCGACUGCAAAAGUGCCUAAAGCUGGGAAUGAGUCGCGACGCGGUCAAAUUCGGUCGAAUGUCCAAAAAGCAGCGGGAAAAGGUCGAAGACGAGGUCCGGUUUCAUCGAGCCCAGAUGCGUGCCCAGAGCGAUGCGGCGCCCGACAGUUCCGUGUUCGACACACAGACGCCCUCGAGUAGUGACCAGCUGCACCACGGUGGUUACAACGGAUACGCAUACAACAAUGAAGUUGGCUACGGCAGUCCGUACGGCUAUUCGACGUCGGUCACACCUCAGCAGACGAUGGGCUACGACAUCUCGGCAGAUUACGUGGAUAGUACAACAACUUAUGAACCUAGAAGUACGAUAAUAGACUCAGAUUUCAUAAGUGGACACAACAAAGACGGCUCCCCAAACCAUCGAGCAAUAACGCUGAACGACAUUCGUUUGGCACGAGUUCAACAGACUGCAACGACCACCUCCAACAGCAGCAACCCCAACGGAGGUGGUGCUCCACAACCACAGCAACAACAACCAGGUCAACCGCCGCAGCAGCAACAACAGCAGAUGACCCAACAACAGCAGAAUCCAAAUCAGCAAACAGCAAUAACUACGCUCCAAAGUCAAACCUCCGGCACCGCUAACAACAACAAUAACAACAACAGCACAAAUAGUACAAUUAUCACCAUCAAGCAGGAGCAGCUGACGAGCGUGGAUAGUCUCGUAGGAAGCUUCGUAGACUCGACGACCUUCCUGCCCUCGCCGACUAGCCAGCAACAGCAGAUGGUCAAUCCCAACAUGCUCCCUACUGCUGCCACUACCGGACCAACCGAAGUCACAACAGGUAACAGCAUAAGACGUAGCGAUUGCUGCCAGCAGAAUCCGGUGUCCACGGUUGGCAACGGAACCGCUGGAGGUGGAGGAGGAGGAGGGGUCGACGGGAUCGGUGGUGUGCCCCACUCGCACCAUCCCAGCCAGAAUACACCGGUCUCGUUCGGCGAGGACGAUAGCUCCUGUGAUUCGCACAGUAAAUGGGCCGAAGGCGACAUCAACGACGUACUGAUAAAGACCCUAGCGGAAGCACAUGCCAAUACCAACCACAAACUGGAAAUUGUGCAUGACAUGUUCCGAAAGUCUCAGGACGUCACCCGCAUUAUGUACUACAAAAACAUGAGCCAAGAGGAGCUGUGGCUUGACUGCGCGGAGAAGCUGACGGCCAUGAUCCAGCAGAUCAUCGAGUUCGCCAAGCUGAUACCGGGCUUCAUGCGGUUAAGUCAAGAUGAUCAGAUUCUCCUGCUCAAAACGGGCUCGUUCGAGCUGGCGAUCGUGCGCAUGUCUCGACUGAUGGAUCUCUCAACCAACUCCGUCCUGUACGGGGACAUCAUGCUGCCGCAGGAGGUGUUCUACACGUCCGACUCGUUCGAGAUGAAGCUGGUGGCGUGCAUAUUCGAAACGGCGAAGAGCAUCGCCGAGCUGAAGCUAACGGAAACGGAACUGGCACUGUACCAGAGUUUGGUGCUGCUGUGGCCCGAGCGAAAUGGCGUCCGAGGCAAUACGGAGAUCCAGCGAUUGUUCGAGAUGAGCAUGUCGGCCAUACGGCAGGAGAUCGAGGCGAAUCACGCGCCGCUCAAGGGAGACGUGACGGUGCUCGAGAUUCUGCUAAACAAAAUCCCAACCUUCCGUGAGCUCUCCAUCAUGCACAUGGAAGCGCUGCAAAAGUUCAAGCAAGACCACCCGCAGUACGUGUUCCCUGCGCUGUACAAGGAGCUCUUCUCGAUCGAUUCCCAGCAGGACCUAAUGACAUAACAGGAUCACCCCUCAGAACCGGAACAACCACCCCAACAACAACACCCACACCAGCAACAGCAGCAUCAGCAAACACUUCCAAAGCAAAAGCAAAACACGGACCUCGUACCAUUAUCUGUGUCGGCAACAGCAGCGCCAUUGUCGGAAUCACGUGACAACGACGGUUAUCAUCUCCCUGAAAGCCAUCCUUAUCACCCAUCAUCACCGACACACCAACAACAGCAACAAGAGCAAUAUUUGAACAGAAGUACCCGCAUGGAAACGGAAACGGAAGCGGAAUGUCCAUCCCCGGGGCCGCCGUCAUCGGUUCAGGUCAGCGAGAACAACACUUUUAUCAUCAUCAUUCAACAGAACGGUGAAGUGGUCACUCAAACGAAGUAGGCGCUGCAACAACGGAAGGGAGUACUAGAAUGGAACAGUAGUUGGAAAGCGAAUGCUUCGAUAUGAUUGAAGCGUUUGCUUUUCCCUUUGAGGCGCGGAAAAGUUGUGUUCAAGAAAGGGUGCUAGCGGUUGCAUGCAUAGAUAUAGGCGCGGGCUCCCUCAAACGUGCGGAGGAAGUAAAGUAAUGUUGCAUGCAAGCGUGUCUUUCCAUCGAAGCAAGCUGCCGGAUCCGCGAAGCGACGUUCCGAGUGCCGACACAUCCACCUACACAAAAAGAAACGCCAAACGCGUUCUACACUGGACGAAAACUUCGCCAGUUUUCGGUUGGUUCGAAGCUUUAGUUGGGCAUUCGGAGGGGUCGUCAGCGGAUCGAGAGAUUGAUGAUUGAAGAAAGACACGGCAGGAAGUUAGUUGAGUUGGGAUGGACGGAUAGUAAAUGUACGAAACAAAACACACAUAUAAAUAAUGAAACAGAAACACACUCACGCAGACACACAGAUACACUGAGAGCGAUAGUAAUUAGUUGUUGAUGUAAAUGAAUUUAAAGAUUGUUAUAUUAUUUUAAAAGUUUUAAUUUAUAUCUCUUAUUUUUUGUUUUCGCCUAUUGUCUUCUUGAGGAUUUUUUUUUAUUUUAAAAAUGAAGGAAAAGAAAAGAUUGAUGUAAGUUAUAGGUCAAAUUUAUACAUAUUAGAGUGAUAAGUUUAGAGUUUUUCUUUUAGCAAGCACACAACACAAAUACACAUACACUUACAUGCAAGCAGUUUGUGAAAUGUUCAAACGUGAAAAACGAACGCGCUUCCCAGCAAAGAAGCGUUUGUUUGCGUUCUUUUGUUUUUUCAUAACGAAUCGGAGACAUUUUGAUGUUGUUUUCUUUUUAAAUUUUAGCUUCCGUUCUGUUUUGAGUUAGUAUUUAUUUUUCGUUCAAUCGCGCGGCAAACGUACAAACUUCGUGGCUGGCACGAAGGAACAAAAUCGAACAGUGAUUGAGCUCUUUUCAAAUGCUUUUUUUUUUGUUUGUGUCCGCUCCCAGGAAGCGAAAAGCGAAACUUCGACGCAUCGAGGUUUUGAGGUUUCAUAGCGCGGUGGUAGAAUCGGAACAGCGUUAGGUUGGAAGAGAAAAUGAUAUGUAGAAUGCAAAAACUGAAUCUCUCUCUCUAAAUCACCUUUGUUCAUUCUCUUUUUUUAGUUUUCUCUUUAGGUAGGCAAAUUUUCCAUUUUUGUUGGGAAAGUAAAAAAUCAAAAACAAAAUUUUCGAAAGGAAAGCGAACGCAAACGUUUGAGGUCCGUUUUUUCGGUGUUUUCCGUACUAGUUGUGUAUUUUUCUUUGGUCCUGCUAAGCUCGUAGGGAAAGUACCGCCUCUUGGAGAAUAUUCGUUUUCGGAUUUUAAUUUUGUUUUAGCAUAGUGAAGCAAGCCUGUAUGUAAAGGAAGAAAACGUUUUCUGUUUUUCUCGCUGUAGGUAAAAUUUAGGGACAAUUUGAAAAUGAAGCAAACGUCGAAAAAGCAAAAUAUGUGGAAAGGUUCGAAACAGUAUUAGGAGGAAUAACAAGAGGAAAUUGAAGACUUCAUUUGAAAAAAUACUAGAGAUCAACAGUUAGAAGCAAAACGAAUACCAUUUACUAUUCUAGGAAACGACGGAUGAGACUCAGUCCCAAUUGGCUUUAGGAGCUCUGUUUGCCUUAGAAAUAUCCCCUGUCCUAGAGAGGAUGUGUUUGAAACUUUUUGUACCAGUUUCACGCCGGUUCGAUCGGUAGCCCAGUUGUGUACUCCAGUUUUGAUUGUAAAUGUGUUCCUUUUGAAGUUUUUGACAGUUUUUUAUUCUUUUUGAAUAACGGUUACAGUUGUACAUACAGUGUACCAACAUUUCCUGCCUCCUCAUCCCCCUGUUAUAGUGUUAUUUAACCCAAAAGACUACAUAUAAAUACUGAGAAUCAAAAGUUAAUUUUUAGAACAGACUAGAAAGCAAAGAAAAUCUCUCUAUCUCUUUCUCUCCAAACACUCUGACAGAAGAAGCAAACUUUUUGCUUGUAGUCCACUCGAACGAAACUUAGAAGGACAACCAAAACUGAUAAUUAUUAGAACAGAAAUAAAAGACCCCUCCAUAGAAAAUCGUAAGGAAACCAAACAAAAAAUCGUACUGAACUUAGAGUUAGGUUCUUUUUCUAAAUUUUUGGGAGACAUACGAAACAAUUGAAACGACACCUAAACAAGCAAGAAUUUUGAAAAUUCAAAAACUGACAAACCCAGAAGAUCCAAGGUUUUUGGAAUGACGACUGUUAGUAAAGGACAACAGCUACCUAAACAGCAGGUUCGGAGCAGGAAGAGCAGAAGAGAGUCGCGCGCACUGAUUUACUACUAAGAAACGGAAAGGUGUUUUAGUUGAUAGGCAAAAAUCUUGUACAGACGAAAAGAGGGUUGGAAGAUAAGGAAAAGAAGUAGGAUGAAAUCGCACACUUCCACAAGACGAAUGUUGCAGUUUAGCAGUGAUCUGUAGGGUGUCGAGAGAAAACAAUCGCAAGGAGUAGGAAAGGCGAAUGCGGAAACGGGAAAGUUACACAGUUUGCAGUAAUCCUUACUGCAGCUCGGAAAAUGAGAACUUAUAAAUGUAUGGGUGCUUCUAUAUAUAAAAGAAUGAUAAAAAAUUAUAUAUAUUUAAAAAAUAUAAACUGAAACAAUUACAGAAGAACGUUUAAAUAAACACAUAAAUACAGACAAAGAUAAUUCAGACAUUUGCAAGAAAGUAAAUAAAUUACACAGAAAAAGUGAAGAACCACACAAACACAAAUACACAUACACACAUGUUGAAACGUAAAUCGAAUAUAUAUUUGGGCGGUGGAUGAGCCAGCACUUGGACGGACUGGAGAACAACGUUAACUUCAAACAACUGACUGUAACAUUUUCGCAUUAAAUUUGACUGCCACGAGUCUAGCUGCUGGUCUGUCCCCGUUUUCUUUUCAUGAAUGUAAGAAUUAAUUGCCUUAAAUGAUAUAUAUUACAUAAUAUACAACAUAAAAAUAUAUUUAAAGAACAACAGAAGCAAAACAACAAUUACUGAGCGCAAGCGGUGAAGAACGAGGACAACUCAGACACACACAGACACACAAUAAAAAAGAAAAAAUGUGAGGAGAGUAAAAACAGAAACAUAGUAGUAAUUGAUUUUUUCUAAUCAUAAAUUCAAAGGAGUAAAUUCGUCAUUACGGUAAAGUAAGAAUAGUUAUCUAAAUUCUAUACAUAAAAAUAACAAUAAUUUUAAGCUGAAAAGAGUAACUAAGAAAAAGUUUGAAAAGCUCUAAUAUAAUUUAAAUUAAUUUAAAUACAUACCUUAAGCGAGAAGGCGUGUUUGGCGAGAAACAAACCAAGAAGGCAACACACACCUUGUAAGAAUUUCAUAAGAUACGCAAAUAAGCAAAUCUUGAGGAAACAAAAAACAUAGAGAAAAUAGCGAAAUUCGGGUAGGUUUUAAGUUUCACUGAAUAUUAUAAUCUAUUAUACAUAAUAAUUAUAUUGAACGAUUAAUAAACUGAUUAAUCCUUAUUAUUGUUGUUUCUUUAUUUUUGAUCGUUUUCUACUAAAUAGACACAGAAUACUAUUUGCAGUUGCGCAUCAUUUUUAUUGGAGUUAACCCUUAGCUAAGGGGGCAAAUCACUAUUAUACAUAUGAGUACUAAUAAAUCUUUUCCGAUUCACUAAUAAACAGUAGAUAACUAAAUAAGUAUAACACUGUUGAAUACAUUAGUUGACGGGAGGACUGGUUUAUAAUUCUUUCCAUUUAUUUAUAUAACACCCUAGACAAAUUUACAAAACUAACCCUAAACAAAAAAAACAGUUUUUGAGUAGAUUUCGGUUCUAUCGAAAUUAGUGCAAAUUUAAAUGUUAUAGUAACACAACCAUACAGAACAUGUUGCAAGACUAACAAAUUACCGAUAACGAAACCAACAAAACUAUCAUUGAACUGAGUUUUGAUUAUUUGUUCAUCGUCGCCAUCACUGUCACCGAGAAUAUCGAUCGAAACUAGCACUCGGUAUACGACGCCAUCGUCCCUUUAGUUCCGAACAACUUUUAUAAACCAUCGACAUCAUCUGAUCGAUUAUCGAUUUAAAUGUAAGAACUCCAUCCUUAACUAACGAUGGCAAACCACAAACGGUACGAUAGCAAUCCUUCAAGCGCACAAAUAUAUACCGAUCGGAAGCAAAAAUUCUCAAACGAACAAGACCCCACAACAUCCGCAACCCGUACUUCCGUUCUUCCGAACUUCACCCCCGAAUCCCACCUUGCUUUGUCAUUAGCCCGCAUUGAAACUAAUAAAGACUCAACCGAAGAAAAAUCGCAAACUUUUUGCCAUCUUGUAAAUCCUCUACCAACAAAAGUCGCAUUACCAUCGAAUUUUAAACGUCGUUAUCAACAAGUUUUCUCAACCCAUAUGGUUGGUUUGCAUUAGUUUGGAACAGACAUUAAACUCAAACAAAUUUUGUUGUACAGCCUACCGAGUCCAUGGUAAAAUUGAGGACUGUAUCAACGAUUUUCAACCGACUACAAAAAUCUGUUGAGGUUACUAUUAGCUGACUACACCACUACAUUACCUUGGUUUUCAACGGGUGACGCAAGACGUACACCACAGUAUAAUGCCAAAUUUGUCAGAUCAAGAAAGUUCAAAGUUAUGAAUACUGCACCUCUGGUCAAAUAAACUGAUUUUUGUUCGUGUGUAGUUAUGUUGACGGUCGGUUGAAAAUCGUUAGCGUAGCUCUCAAUUUUACCAACGAUUUCAGUAGUUUCCACAAUACAAUUCAUUUCAGUGUACACACAGAGACUCAUACACACCCUCGCACGCAUCGCAUCAUUCGAAACCGUUUCUCCAACAACCAUCGCAGCAUGCCAUUAUCGUCGUCGCGCGACAGUUUCAUUUAUGUUGCACAACAAAUGGCCGUUGCAUGAAGCCAUUGAAAGAACGAAAAAACUGAAGAUGAUGCAUUUACGAGAGCUAACACUGAAAGUUUAGAUGGAACUCAAAUGAACAUUGAAAAACAGAUCCAUAAAUUCUCAUUGCAAAACAAAAAAAUGUCACACAAAACGAACCCGAAACCUGUUGUUGAUAUUUCGUUUUAAUUAAUCACAAGAUGCAAAUAAAAAGACUAACAAGAGAGAUAAGGGAAACCUUUGAACAAAAUAGUGUUUAAAUACAAUCUUUACUAAUCCAAAAAAAAAACGAGAUUUAACUUGAAAAUAAUCAUAAUGUGGAUGAAGAGGACACUCACGUUGGUGGUAAAUAAAAACACCAUGGAAUAAAGUUCGGAGAUCGAUAACGAAUGAUAAGCAAAUAAAAAAAGAAACACGAAAAAAGUGUUGACUGCAUGUUGAUGGACAAACAGAUAAUGCUAACAAAUAACAAAACAAAAAACGAGAAAAUGAUGGUAUUCAGAAUGGUGAACACAGCGAAGAAAUCGAGGAACGAGAUACGAAGAAGUGAGGAAUACAAACAAACAUUUAAAUGAUAAACCAAAAAUGGAAAAUACACAUUCUCAAAGUAAGGAAAACAAGACAAAAAUGAGAAAAAUAGACAAAUGAUACGUCUUUAUUAGUGAAAUUCA